CUAGAUGAGCUGCUCUCCCAUUUCCCAUGACAGCUAUUGUAUUUUAUUAUGGCAGUGAAAUAUAGCACGCCUAAUAUGACUAUUUGACAAUCGAUGCCCAGGCAGUAGUAGUACAAGGAGAUAUUCAGGCAGGUUCUGGAAUCCGAGUGAAAGUGAAUUUGAAAAUAAACCUCACUCCGAGUGAAUUUGGAUUUGGUGUUCUGAAAUCCGAACUUUUUGUUCAUUUUAGAACUCGUUUUUGAUUCACCGCAAAAAUGAACUUAACAGCUGAUAGCUGUCAAUUUACCCAAAAUAAAUAACAAUAUUUUAAGAAAAAUGAGUGCAUUAGCAAUAUUGUCGGUUAUUUUACGUGAAAAUGAAAGGAAUACAGAAGAAGUUUACAGUAGGAGGAUACUACGUGACCAUUGCAACCCAUUGGAUGUGCCUGAACAAGUUUUCGUGUCGAACUAUUGCGUCAACAAGGAUGCGUUUCUUGAAUUGUUGAACGUUGUUGCUCCACAUAUGUAUAAAGGGCUCAUCAAUUCCUGCGCAACUGCAACUGGCAGCCACACUGAGGUUUUUGGCGGAAGGUGGCUUCCAAAAGGCAGUGGGAAAGGAUGUUUGCAUAGCAAUGGGUCGGAGCACAGUUGCAAAAGUCAUAAAACGUGUGUUGAACAUUUUGGAAAAAUAUAUUUGCCCAAGGUGGAUCAACUUAAUUAUGACAACAGAAGAGCAGAAUCAAUCAAAAAUACAUUUCCAUAAAAAAUUUGGUAUUCCCGGUGUUAUUGGUUGCAUCGACGGUACCCACAUACGAAUUACAAAGCCGCAUAAGGACCCCAACCUAUUUUACAACAGAAAGGGAUUUUUUAGCAUAAAUGCCAUGAUUAUAUGUGAUUAUAAUAUGGCAAUAAAGGCAGUUGGUGCUCGCCGGCCUGGCUCGAGUCAUGAUGCCCUUAUUUGGAGUAACAUGCGUAUUCACUCGGAAUUCAUUUUAGAAAAAGUGUGGAAUUGAAAUUGUGAAAGUGAAACACAGAACACCAAAUGCCGGAUUGAAAACGAAUUUUGUUUGAUAUUCACUCGGAAGUGAAUUCCAGAACCUGCCUGAUUGCUACGUUAUUUUAUGUAUAAAAAUGAUUCGUAUGAGAAUGGUGGUAUUGCAAAUACGGAAAAUCGGAGCACUGCCACGCUUACAAAUUGCCAUUAAGCGAAAACUAUAACUACGCUAGAUAUUAUAGUAAAGAACAAAAAGAAAAAACUACAGAGCCAAUUUCAACCAAAUUUAGUGCAAAUUAUUAUUCAGACAUCUUUUAUUUACGGUAGAAAAAUGGCGGAAAUUGAACUAAAACUAUAUAAAUUUUAAUCGAUUUUUUGAAAUUGCAGUAUAUAAAUCCAGCAACAAUAAAGUUUGAAGAAUAGAACUGUACAAAUAAUACCUUCAAUAAUAUACAUCAGUAUUAGCUCAAUAAAAUAUCUCAAUUAGCAUUG